AUGAGUACUAGUCCUCCUCCUCCGCCGCCGCCGUCUGGCUCGCCCCCCGCCCAACCGGGGUCUCCUCCGUCCCGAGAUUCUGGAACUGUAUGGCAUCCCGCUAGGGAAUGGUUGGAAGAGGACGAGGAUGAGGAUGAUAUGGACUAUGAGCCGGAUGAAAUAGAGGCAGAAGAAGAAGAGCUAGAUGCGGAAUUGUAUGAAGACGAGGAAGACAUUGAUGAUGCUGAUGAUCAUCGCUUCGGUAAUAUACAUAUUGAAUUCGCCAUGGAUGAGUCGGAUCAUGAGCAGCAGGGUGAGGAGCGUCACGAGGGAAGGCACAAUAGAGUUUCCGCAGCUCGAUUACUGAACCUCCUGGCUUCGAAUGGUCUGCGCCAUAUCCUACAUUAUAACGGACUACAUGACGCCAACGUGGUAGAGGACGACGAGGAAGAAGAUUACGAGUUCGGGUUCUUCGGAUACCGGCGACGAGCACGACGAUCGGGAGGUCAGCAGUUCCCCAAAGUACCAAGCGAAGAGGGAGCGCAGCUCAUGGGUUCUGGCGAUUUCGGUUCCAACCCUCACUAUGUGGACAAACUCAAGAGGCGCAAACAGGCCCUUGCGACGAAGAUCAUGUGGCGAGAACUGGGGGUGGAUGUGUCGGGGCCGCAGAGGAGGGAUAUGCAGUCGAUAACUCAGGGACUUAUUCCGGGCUCGGUGGCGGAUAAGAUCGUUCAUUUCGACUCGCGGUGCUAUUCUGGACAGUUCUCGGACGAUGGGAAUUUCUUCUUCUGCUGCGCUCAGGACUUCAAGGUCAGGAUGUACGAUACGUCCAAUCCGUUCGAGUGGAAGUAUUACAAGACCGUGGACUACCCGUUUGGGCAGUGGACUAUCACCGACGCCAGUCUGAGUCCGGACAAUAAGUUCCUGGCGUACAGUUCAAUUCGGAAUCUGGUCUGUCUUGCGCCUACCGAUCCAGCGGAUUCCUCGGAUCCGGCUAUAUUGGAUUUGUCGUCGCUUUCAGGAAGGCGAGGCGGGCGCGGCCUGUAUGGCAAUUCUCAUUUCGGGAUCUGGUCGAUUCGAUUUUCGGGCGACGGUCGGGAAAUCGUGGCUGGCACAUCCGAUCAGUCGGUUAUUGUUUACGAUUUAGAAACGCGCCAGUCUGUCCUGCGGCUGCAGAACCACGAAGAUGACGUGAACGCUGUCUGCUUCGGCGACAAGUCAUCUCCCCAUAUUCUUUAUUCGGGCUCGGACGAUACCACGCUGCGCGUGUGGGAUCGACGCUCGAUGGGCGACGGGCGCGAGGCCGGUGUGUUCAUGGGUCAUACAGAAGGGUUAACUUAUGUUGACAGCAAGGGCGACGGGCGAUACGUACUAUCCAACGGCAAAGAUCAGUCGAUGAAGCUCUGGGAUUUGAGAAAGAUGAUGACGACCGCCAAGUUCGACACCAUCGAUGUUAAUCGAUACACGACCGGUUUCGACUAUCGAUUUGAACCGUACCCCGACGACUAUUACGAACCUCAUCCCCAUGACUGUUCGGUAGUAACGUUCCGGGGCCACCGCGUGCUCAAGACUCUCAUUCGCUGCCACUUCUCCCCUCCGGGCAGCACCAACUCGAGAUAUGUGUAUACGGGCAGCGAAGACGGUAAGGUAUACGUAUAUAAUCUGGAUGCCACACUUGCAGGCACGAUUGAUGUAGGGCAAGCGACGGCCAACUCGCGGCCGCGCGAUCCGGAUAUCUUCACCGCUGCGUAUGAAAUCCGUAGCAGUCGCAGCGAUGUGAUGUGGAAGACAUGCGUUCGGGAUGCCAGCUGGCACCCGAACUCCCCUGUCUUGGCAGCAACGUCCUGGAAUGGUUGGGGAUUGUCCACUGGUACGUGCACACUGCAUACCUGGAAUGACGGGGUGGAUAGCGAUGAGGGCGAUCCACCGGUGGCAGGGAACUACGACAGCCGAUUGAACUCGGUUCGGGAAUUCAACUUAUUCAGGGAGAAGAUGAUGCAGAGCCGAAGUCGACCAGUCCAAAGAUCUGCAUUGGACGAUGAGUUACAUUAUGAGUUAUGGUGA